GCCGCCGCAGCCGCGGAGCCGCGAAGCAGCGCCGGCCGGGCCGGGAUGUGACGGGGCGGCCGCCCCGCGCCCGCUGCGCCGCUGCCCCGGGCCCGCGGGCCCCGCGCCCCGGGAGGCUGUCGGGGGGCGGCGGCGGCGGCGGGUCCCCCCCCGCCGCCCCCAUGUCGGAGGGGCCGCCCUACGGCGAGGGGCAGCUGGCGGGGGACGCGGCCGUGGGGCAGCUGCCCUUCCCCGUUCGCCUCCGCGGCGGCGACGGGCUCUUGGCCGGCGGGCAGGGCAAGCGGCCGCCCAAGCUGGGGCAGAUCGGCCGCAGCAAGAGAGUGGUGAUUGAAGACGAUAGAAUUGACGAUGUGCUGCAAAACCUCUCCGAAAAGGCCCCUCCCGGCGUUUAAAGCCUCCCUGGGGACGCUGGGCUGAAGCCCGGGGCGAGGGGGGGGGGAUCGAGGGGGCCGGUUUACAAUGGCAAAAAAUACUCCUACCCCCCCCCCCAGCACCGCAGCGACCACCCGAGCGAGCACCGGGAGCGCCGUCCUCGCCCUCCUGCAGUCCCACAGCAUCACCACGGCACGUCCUGCCCUCCGGAGGCGCCUGGAGGGGAGGGCAGAGAGCGAGGCAGACCCCAGAAAUGAAUGAAAAAAUAAUAAAUUAAGAAAAAUAUAUAUAUAUAUGAAAUUGGGAAAAUAACCACCUGCUCCAACCGGCCCCCCACCCCACCCCGAGGGAUGAACGGAGGUGUCACACCACGGUCUGAAUUACUCGGGAUUGCUUUUCUCGGGCUGAUGAACCUUGUGCCGUGCGAAAUUUGGAGGGGGGGGGGGGGAUAAGAGGAAAAGGGGCAGCAAAAAACGGGGCGGGGAGGGAGCAGCCCCCGAGGUCUCCCCCCCUGGCCAGGGCUGUUCCCAGCGGGCACCUUGUUUACAUUAUUUAAUCUUGCAAAAAUGAAUCCGUGCACUUGGAUGUACCACGCUAUCCCCUUCCGUAUGAUUUCUUUUUUCUUUUUUUUUUUGGGUUGUUUUUUUUUUUUUUUAUGUUGAUGUCUUUGGAUGUUGGGAAAUUAUAUAAAAUAGAUAUAUAUAUAUAUAUUUAAUUUUAGUCACGUUUUAAGGUUCUCGAGGGGGG